UGAAAAAAAAACACAACUUUUCAAACUACAAUUUUUGCCACUACCAUCACCUCGGAAAGCUAAAACUAUGCUAACAUAAUUCCUGUAGCGCCACGGCACAGCUUUGCGCGUGUUGCUUGCAACGGAAUUACGGAAGCUAAAAGUUUCGCUUCUUCUCUCCCGAGUCCCAAAAAUUGUUGCCCAACGCAAAAACAAAAAACGUCGUAAGCAAAAACUGACCUGGAUAACACACAAAACCUAACACUACUGGCGCAUAUCUUUGCUCUGGCCUGCCCCCCAAUAUGGGGUGGGACGGGUUUUUUUUGGUUGCCCCAAAACUUCCUUCUCAUCUUUACGUUUUGUUUUAUUUCCUUCGCCCAAACAGUGUGAAAUGCGUUUUUUGCUUUUUCCUGUUUUGCUCUUGCUGCAACAAUCUGUUUUUUCUCAAACUCAUUAUUGUUUCAUGUUGUUGUUGCAUCCCUGUGGCCUUCGCUAUGUACUCUCUGUGUUUGUUAGUGUGUUUGUUCUGCUUUUUUUUUGCUUUAGCUGUUUAGUAAUUAUGCUUCAUCUUGUUCUGUGUUUUCGCGCCUCCAACGCGUUAACGAUAAAGAAGAGCGUUGCUAACUGGUGCCCAAGUAGCUGGCGUUGUUACUCUUCUUGACAAUACUUUCUGGCUUCCGCUAAUUUCGAACUCGUGUACAUUACAUAAACUAUCCGCCACGCUAACGAUAAUGCAACGGGAAGCGAUUCGUUGAAGCUAAAUUAAAUUCACUCGUUGCAGGUUUCAAAAACAGAUUUUCUUAAGUUUCCAGCAAAAUAUAUUAAAACUGCUCAUCCCAUUAAUCACUUGACAUUAUCUCUUUGUUAAGCGUUUGUUUAUGGCACCAGUGGUCCGUAAUGAUCAUAAUGAUGGUCACUAAACCCCAUUAAACCAGGUAAUAAAAUCCAAAACGUCACCAAUUGAUGGAUGGAACCGUGCGCAUCCAUGGGAAUAGGAAGGUUACAAUCCCCCGGCACGUUGAUUGCAUUCUGAGCAGCAAGUUGCAACUUGGCUGUUUAUUUACAAGCACACGAUCAGUAACCUCCACCACCGGAUUGACCAGACUGGGAGACCAUACCUUAAGUCGAUAAAAUAUUUACCAUUCGGGGCUUACAGCGUUUGGUACCGUGGUCUCGUGCUUGUGUAGAGUGUUGAGUUUGUGGAUGGGGGUGGAUACAUAGACAAACGUUUGGACCAUCGUUUCAGUUCGUGCGAAGAAACAACAAACAUACAUGCAGCGCAAAGGAAUGACCAAUCUUUGAUGACGAUUGUCAUCUUUGUAUAAAACGACGGUCAUCAGAGCAACAUCGGCAAUCUGCAACGAAAAGGCUAACGAAAAAAACCCCCCACAUUAUUAAUCAUUCAAUAAACUUUGGAUAAUGUGCGUCAUGCGAAAGGGGAACUUACUUGUUGGGGAUCUUUCGUCGGUAUGACGAUCAGCAGUCUAGAUCUUCUACCCGAGGGGACUCCACGUGCCGUACGAUAACACUUGAAAGUGCCUAAACUCUUCACAAAGUUUCAUUUAAUUUUCACAGGCCCCAGUUCGCUCAAUAACCGUCUGUUCUUCGCAUGCUUCCAGAUAGAGGUGUUUUUUUCCUUGAAUAAUGUGUUGACUGGGUGCGCGAUAAUAGUGCAAACAUUCGCUCUCUGUUCGAUCUGUUCGCGAUUGAUCGAAACGGGCAGUAAACGCCCGUAAAGCGUGGUACUAAAACCGAAACAUCACAGCAUCAUCAUCCUGCACGGUCGUUUCGGUCGUGGUGAGAAGUGUGCCGUUUUUGAUAGCGAGUGAGAAAUAGGUACGACUCCAGCAGGGACAGGUUGCCCCGAAUCUAAAUCAUUUCAACGGGUUUUUGGUUUUAUGUCGAUGUGAACGGCCGCCCAGAAUCUGCCGAACUUCCCGUCUAACAGCCUUAAAAAACCUCCCCGGCCCGGUGGCAAUCCGGUCAAACAUCAUAAUCAGCAACACCACCCAUCUUGGCAUCAUCAAUCGCAAUCACCGUCAAGCGGCAAACGGUCCUCAAACCCAACAACCCGCCGCAGUACCCGCCCACAGAUCCUUUCCCAAUCCUUGCCGGGGGACGAACGCUAGCACGAACGCAGGCCACCAUUGCCAUCAUCACGACGGAUUCUAAGUAGGCGCCCCACAACCCCAAAAACCGUUUCAAGUUGGAAGGAAAAAUCUUCUCGGCGGUGAACAACUUUCUCACUGCAUCGACCUUCGUCAAAGACAUCAGACAACUGAUCAUGACCCGUCAGACAAAUAACGACCCUUCAACGGCACCGGAAGCGGGAUCCAAUGCAACAGGCGCGGGUAACGACCAGCAGCAAUAUUCGCACCGGCCCGAAUCCACCAGCGGCCACAGUGGCCACUCGAGUUCACGGUCCCCAAUUGAUCCGUACCGGCAGGACAGUCUCAACCAACCGCCCAGCGACAGUUCCAGCCUGGACGGGAACGUGUUCGUCGAUGGGGCGAACGUGCCACUGCACAGCAAACAGCGCCGCUCGCAGACGACCGAUUCGCUCACUUCCGGCACCAACAUUAGCUACAGCCUAAACAAACGCUUCAUCUCCAAGAACCAAAUGAAGGAGUUCCGGGAGGCGUUCCGGCUGUUCGACAAGGACAACGAUGGGUCGAUCACGAAGGAGGAGCUCGGCACGGUAAUGCGUUCGUUGGGGCAGUUUGCGCGCGUCGAGGAGCUGCAGGAGAUGCUGCUGGAGAUUGAUGUGGACGGUGAUGGGAACGUUAGCUUUGAGGAGUUUGUCGACAUCAUGUCCAACAUGACGGACACGGUGGCGGAAACGUCGGCCGACCAGGAGGAGCGCGAGUUACGCGACGCAUUCCGGGUGUUCGACAAACACAAUCGGGGCUACAUUACCGCGUCCGAUCUGCGUGCGGUGCUGCAGUGUUUGGGCGAAGAUUUGGACGAGGAGGAAAUCGAGGACAUGAUCAAGGAGGUGGACGUGGAUGGUGAUGGUCGGAUCGAUUUCUACGAGUUCGUCCAUGCGCUCGGUGAGCCAGAAGAUUCACAGGAGAACGAUGAGGACGAUGAAAUCGUUUCACAACGCUCGCCAUCGUUUGAUGUGCAAGUUUAAAUCAAGAAAGAAAAAAAGGAAAGGCACCACCAUCCUAUAACCAUCGCUGGUUAGCUCGGCCGAACUACUCUGCCUUCUCCGGUUCCGGAUCCGUAAGGGAAUAUCGGUACCGAGAAGUGGCGCAAUACUUAAAAGAAGGCGCACAAGUUUUAUCGAACGUUCAAGAGGAAGGAAGUAUUAAAUAUAAUCGUAUUUUUGCUUCAUCAUAACUUGAUAGAUGUGAAGUAACUCGCUCCGAAGAUACCAUUUCAAUGUUCUGCAAGUGCACGACGAAGACAAAGACGACGAUGACGACGACGACGAACAAAAAUACAUACAGAGAGAAAGACGCACUGCUCGCAUUAACUUACAAAAUGCCAAAUUUUUAAACUCUUUUUCCAUCGUAUUUACCGUUUCAAAAAGCAAAUAAAAAAAAGUCACACAUAUUAAGAAAAGAAACUAUACACAUGAGAUUUACCAUGCAUGCAAGACAAAAACAAGCAAUUACUAAAAAUACCAUAUUUGAUAGAAUGAUAAUGAAGAGUUUCUGCCCUUAAAUGGUACGAAACACGAAGAAACAAAGGUGGAAAGCAAAUGAAACGAAGGGUUUAAUGUUAUGCGAGAAAUGCGACACUUGUCCGAAAGCUUUUCGCGUUUGUUAUCAUCUUAAUGAUCAUUCAUCCACUACGAUAUGCAUGUACAACACGGUACUACGAAAAACAUAUCAAUCGAAAAAGGAUGAUGAUGGUUAUAUAGGCGGAACAUUCCCGUACUCUAGAAACGAUCGGUAGUUCUAUUCAAUGAGAAUUAUUUUCAUCAUCUUUACGUCAAGCUGUAUACUUCUCUCAGUUUCGAUCCUUUCCACGAUCGAUCACAAUAUCGUGGGAAGGUAAGGUGUUGGAUUUAUGCCACGUUAAAAACAAAACUAUUAGCUAAUAGGUAUGGGAAAUUAAUAAAAAGCGUUAAUAUAACAAAACAAUACCCUUUUAUGCAUUAGUUGCGUUGUUGCAUUGUGAAUACUUUUUUUUCUCGCGCAAUGUGGUAAAGUACAGUGAGUGGAGUGCUUUUUGGGGGGAAAUGUUUUACCAAUUCUAUUCGAUGAUGCGUACCGUUGGGGUUUUAAUUUUAAGUGUAAAGCACAAAUAUUCGCAAAUCAACACAUAUAUUACACUAUACUAAUGAAAUCAUCAGCAACCACGCAUAACCAAGUACCAAACUUUUGCCAAGAAAUGGUUCACAUUUGCCCAUGUACAAUCUUGAGAGUAACACUGAACAUCAAUAAAAGCUAAGUGAUUUUAUGUAUGUUUAAA